AUGUCAUCGCGGGAUCUGCUUCUCCGGUUCUUCCAAAGCGACCAUUUUAACAACGACCCCUUCUUGGCUGUUGCAUAUCUCCAGCGAUAUCCCAACCAAAUCGGUAUACAUCACUAUCUUUGCCAUAAGCUACGUCAGUUCAGCUAUGAGCAGAUAGAGUUUUAUAUACCGCAGUUGUGUCAUCUGUUGGUCAGCAUUAACGACAUCGAGAGUGUCGCUUUGGAGGAGCUUGUCAUUGAGCUUUGUGAAAGGAAUGCGCAUGGUGCUCUUAUCACAUUCUGGCUAUUUCAGACCCAUCUGCAUGAUCUAGCCAAAGAUCCGCAAUCAAAUGCUUUCAAGACAUGUCGACGGGUGUAUAACAAGGUGCAGCACAUUGUCUUUGGCUCGACCCAAGCGGGAGAGCGGGAUCCUAUCCAGAAUCAUGUCUUCCCCGUCACCAUACUCGCUGGCCUCGUCCUUGCUGGAAUUGCCAUGCCCUUGCUUCCUGCCUACGCCGGCCCGAUAGCUAUUGCACAAGCUAGGAAGCAGCCAAAACCCGAACUCACAAUCUCGGAGACACCCUUGCCGUCACCGAGGCUCGGCCGUAGUAAGACUGUCGGCGCAACGACAUCCGGAUCAAUACGAGCGAGGAGAAGAAGACCCGAAAGUUCGAAAUCGACAUCCAAGAUUGAAUUGGUUCGGACAGAACCCACUACUCCCGACACCGAACAACCAAAAUCCGGAAAAUCGAUACCCCCUUCGCCCAGGAGAACGUCCUCGGCUAGUGGCACCAGCCGUCGGCAAUCGUACAAACCAUCUAGCUCUACAUCAGCUUCGAAAAAUCUUGACAUUGUUCCCGUCCCCACGAACUCGACGUCCAUGCCCGAUUUGAGGCUCCCGAACGAAGAGCCCGAUCUCUUGUCGCCUCCAAUUACAAAGAAAAGGGAAAAUAAGACUUCCAGGUCUCACUCGAAGAAAAAUGUCGAGCUCACGGAGAAGCAAAAGGUUCACCUCUUGCGGACAAACUAUUUUCACUCUGAGACGCAAUUUUUAUCUGCGCUGGAAGGCAUAUCAAACAAACUAAUUCCCGUCCCGAAACCUGCUCGUCUCAGUGCUUUGAGGGCCGAACUUGCACUUCUUAACAAUGACUUGCCUGCCGAAGUUGAUAUUCCAGUUAUUUUACCUUGCAUCGCAGAGUCGGAAUCCAAGGAGGGUCACCUCUCCUCCCACCAUAGGAUAGUGAGGAUAAACCCAGCUGAGGCUACUGUGUUAAACAGCGCUGAGCGAGUGCCUUAUUUGAUAAUGGUAGAGGUGCUACUAAACGACUUUGAUUUCGAUCCCAACAGCAAAGCAAACCAGGCCAUUAUAGCAGCGCAGCACUCUGACGAGGGAAAAUCGAAGCGAAGGAUAUUUGACUUAUCAGAUGCGACCAGAGUUGCUGAAAGGGAUGAAAGGCCGGCCGAUGAUACGAAUGCCGAUUCUGUUUAUGAGCCAGCUUCGGGCGAUAUAAGCAAUUCACCGAUGAUGGCGACGUAUGGCUUUGACGAUGUUACCCCACGGCCAAGCGUUGAACCCAACGCUGUUCCGAAAGGCCCGAUUUCCGCGGUCCCUAGACUAUCCAGUGGCGCUGCGACGUUGUCUUCCGUUUCUUCAGUAGCUACUCCACGAUCAUCGGGCCCCGAAGGACGAUCUGAGAGCCCCAUACCUAGGCGCUCGACUCCCUUUUCUCCUGGUUCCAGCAAAACAGAUCAAGCGGAGCUUUCUGCUUUAGCUACUCACAUGCGAACAGCCGCUCACAUGUUGUCACAAUUAGAGGCUAGCAGCUCUAAACGGCCGAAAGACGAAGUCUCUGCUAUAAAAGCAAAGAUCAUCGCCAGUAUGCAGGCGUUGGAAGAGCAAAGUUUCUUCUACGAGGAACCGAUAUCUAAUUUCGAAACCAUGAUGGAUGCCAAGGCUGCAACGGAAGCUGUUGAAGCCCUUUCUGUUGCAGAAGGGUCUACUACAGAAAAGAUACGCACGGAAGCCGGUGAAGCUAGGAUGGAAAACGACUCUAAGACCGCGGGUAUCGCUAGACGUGGAGAUAAGGAUGACCCUAGCGCGGCUACUUUUGGCGAAGAGUGGCGUGCGAAAAGGGAGCGUAUCAGGAAGUCAUCACCAUAUGGACUCUAUAAAAAUUGGGAUCUUUUGAGUGUCAUCGUUAAAACGGGGGGCGAUUUACGGCAGGAGAUGUUUGCAUGCCAACUCAUUCAGUUCUGUGGAAGGGUUUGGGAAAAUGCGAAUGUCGAUGUUUGGGUGCGGCAGAUGAGGAUCCUUGUUACUGGAGAGUCAUCCGGACUCAUCGAGACUAUUACUAAUGGUGUCUCUUUACACUCCUUGAAACGGAGUUUGACGCUUGCUUCUAUGGCAGCGGGAAAGAACCCGAGGGGGAAAUUUGCAACCCUGAAGGAUCAUUGGCAGAAGACAUUUGGUGAAACAGAUUCAAAGCCGUACAAGGAUGCACUCGAUGCGUUCACUAAAUCUCUUGCUGCAUACUCUAUCAUCUGUUAUGUUCUUCAAGUAAAGGAUCGACACAAUGGAAAUAUCCUUGUUGAUAACGAAGGCCAUAUCAUUCAUAUCGAUUUCGGUUUCUUGUUGUCUAAUUCCCCAGGAUCAAUGGGAUUCGAAGCAGCUCCAUUUAAGUUGACGUACGAGUACGUCGAGCUGCUAGGGGGUGCCCAUUCUGAACAAUUUCUGGUUUUCAAAACAUUGUGCAAGAAGGCUUUCCAAGCCCUAAGAAAGACGGCUGAUAAUCUCAUUAUGAUGGUCGAAAUCAUGGGCAAAGAGUCUGCUAUGCCGUGCUUUGGAGUUGGUGUAGUCCAGGUUGUGGGUGCAUUGAGAGCCAGGUUUCAGUUGCAUCUAAGCCAGGAUGAAGCCGAAGCUUUUGUUGAGAACGACAUGAUAGCGAAGAGCAUUGGAAGUUACUAUACCCGCAUGUACGAUACUUUCCAGUACCGAACACAGGGAAUCUACUAG